GGCGGCGGGGCAUCACGGCAGCCCGCGCUGCUAUAAAAAGCCCGGGCGCGGCUCAGCCGUCUCGUUCGCUGUCGCAGCGGUUGGGUCGGCAGUAGUAUCGGCGUGGCACGCAGCGGAGCAGCAGCAGCAGAAGGGUAUGGGGACGGCCGUAGGGACAGCGCUGGCGGCGCGGCUCGGCCUGGGGCUCUUGCUCCUGGCGCUCCUCUUACCUACGCAGAUCUACUGUGAUCCCAAUGGAACAAGUCCAACACCUUCAAACAAUUCUUCAGCAAGUUCCACUUUGCCAGCUGCCGUAAAUUCACUGAACAGUACCACCGUUCAGGGACAUGGAAAUGCCCUUCACUCCGCCACAAGCCUCCUUUUCAUUCUCUCAGUUUCUCUUCUGUAUUUUUGCUGUUAAGAGAAGGGCAGGAAAAUGGCUACCACUCCCCCACCCAGUUUCCUGAACCAUCUGAGAUGGCUAGAUCUUCGACCUAGCAUGAAAAUGAAUCAGUCCAAACUCUGCAUCAAACCAGCUUGGUUCCACUCCAUACUGUAACUAGUACCAGUCUGACCUAGAGAAGCACCCCCACUGUUUCUGACUUUCCAAAGCUGACCAAUAUGAAAAGGAUGUGAUCAUCUUCAGCAUGGAGGUGAAAUAAUGUGCUCUUUCACCAAACAAGUUUGAAAUUGGCAUAAUGAUGGAAGCAAAAAGACAGUAUUGACACCCUCUGAUUUAAAGUUCAGAAGAAAUACAGCGUUCACAAUAAGGAUGGAUGAUAAUGCUCCACCAAGACAGAAGGCUAGAGACUUUAUCUACAGCUUAGAAUGAUACCUUGAAGAGGCUUUUACCCUCCAUUUAAGUUCAGUAAAGUCAGAGCUCCUAGAACCACUAGAAAACAAAAGUUUGAUUCUGUUUCUCACGCAGCCCAUACAGUCAGUUAUAGUCUAUGGCUGGUAGGAAUAUAUGCAAAAGAUGCAAAGUAAAAGCGAGAGAGGUUUCUUUCACACUUAAUUUGUAUGAAACUGCUGCAAGUCUAAACACAGAAUACCACAUCUUGUAAGAAUCCUCCUGUUUUAAUUUCAGAGUUCUAACCAAAUGGCUAGUCAGGCAGGGCUAGUUUUGAAACUAUUAAAAAUUACCAGUUUUCCUAAGGGUUGAAUUACUGACCGUGGGGAUUUGGUUUUGAUAUUUUAUUUAAAUUGUUUGCAUAUUGAACCUUAUGUGCCAGAGCAAGGAGGUGUGGAAGCAUUGGGAAAUGUACCAGGAGCUUUUUGUUAAUGAAGUUCAGAGAGAAAAAAGUGAAGGGUUUGAUAAGCAUCUCCUCUUUCCCCUGUUUCUCCUCCCAAGUUCUACAGGUUGUACAAGGUGGUUUUUUUUUUUUUGCUCCUAGAACUUUUCUUAAUUAUGAAGGAUUUAUAGAAUCUCUUGAGUAAUGUUUUAGUGCUGCUUUUUUUUUUUUUUGGCACAAGGUAAAUAACUAUUUGUUUUGAAGAGUUGUAAUUGUGAUGGUUUACCUUAAACGUGGGCUGAUUAUUUGUGGUGGGGAGAAGGAAUGGGGAGGAGGGGGGGAAAAGCCAAAAAGUGAGACAUUAAAUAUCAGAUGUUUGGAAUAUGAAGAUUGGAGUCUUAACUUAAUCAGUCAAUUUAAAAAUGACCUUUGUAAAUAUUUUUUUAAAACCUUUCUGAAUCAAAAUUGCUAUGCUUGCACAGAUUGUUUCUGUGUCAGUCAGCACUUCAUAUCUGAUAGUUGGUCAAAGCAAGCUUUGAGGAAGUUCAAUUACCUUAAUACCUUCUAAGGAGGGGGUGGGGGGAAAGGAUGAUGAACAUGAGUAUUAUAUGAUCCUAUUACUCUGUAUGGAUACAUAUAUCAGUGUAAGACCGUGUCAUACAGAAGUGGCUCUCUAAAUAUUUUUUUAAAUCAAUGUGUUCCAGUUAUAUUACCACCAAUCCAUAAUAUCAUACAUUAAUAACAAACUAACACAGAUUUAUGUGAGUUAUACAUGGACAUUUCCUUAUGCUUAUCAUUUGUAUCUAGUAAAAUGUUGAUUGUAUUUUUUGUUUGUGUAAUUAUGCUUUGACUUACUAGCUACUGAUUUUCAUUGGAGGGGAGAACCUGUAAAUAAAAUGGUGGAAAAGCAAUGCAUUCUAUAUGCACUUCCAGACACCACAGAAACUUGUAACUGCAUAAAAUGAAUGAGCUGUUAAGUGAGACAGUGUAUGUGAUUAAAAACCUCAAGGUCUAGAAAUGCUGAAGUGUGAUUAGUUUUAUUCCUCUCCGCAAGGUUUAGUGAUACUGCAAGCCUGGAUUCUGCCCUGAAAGCAGUGAGUGAGAUUCUAUUAACAUUUCUAGUAAUGGGUAAGUUUUCCAUGUUUAUUAUGGCCUCCCUUUUGUAGUAGUAUGCAUUCAUUUUAGGCAAAUGGCGCUUGAACAGAGUUUUCCUUUGUUUCUUGUGGCAGUGAGUUGUUUCCCUUAUACCAGCUAAGGUUGUUUUUUCAGCUUGUGGUUAUAGAUCAUAUGAAUUAAGUGCUUUAGGUUUCUGCUUCCCACACACUACAUUAAUAUAAGAAUAUCCUAAUAUCGCAAGUUUCACCAUGCUUAUGAAGGUAGAGGCUAAAAGUAGGAAUGUAUGCAAUGUUUUCCUGAGGAGCAAAAACAACUGAAUUGGAAUUCAAAACUAAGCAUUUACAGUUCAUGACAUUCUGGAGUUGUCUGUGGUUUUUUUUCUUUUCAGGUAUGCUCCUUCCUAAUAGCUCUCUAUUCAUGCUGAUUGUCUCUACUCCCUAGACAUGCAGCAAUGCAUUUAAGAGUACCCAGCUACUUGGAGAAUCUGCUCAACAAUCUGCAUUUUUUCAGUGGAAAAGAGGCCCCAAAGAGGCCUCCUGAGUUCCAGAGGGAGCGCAGAGCUCAGUCCUUUGUGUUUCCUUUACUUUUCCAGUAGGCUGAACAAACCCAAGAAGCAGAAUGGGUUUAUCAGAGCUCACUGUUUGAGCGUAUCUUGGGGUCUGCAGGGACUAUCGGAGCACAUUGUUCCCUUACUUAGCUUUUCUCUGCACGCUCAGAAGAUAAAACAUUACAUUGGCUGUUAUCUGCUUAUCUUUCUUGGUAAAACAACAAAGUGAAAAUACAAAUAUUCCAGAAACUGAGAACCAAAAAAAAAAAGCCUUUGUUCUAUGAUGUAUUAGUAAAAUGGAUGAAAUGGAGGAAUAUGCUUGGAGAAAAAUGUUUGCCAAAUUCCUAAAUGAACUGGAAUGGUUGGAUCAGUUUGUGGCAUGCUUUAUGGAAAAAAAGACAGAUUGCUUUUUAAUAGUAUUUAUGCAUAUUUAGGCUCUCUUGAGUUUUCAGCAGACCAGAUGAGUGAGUUAGAAAAAUGAGCGGGUAACCUUUGUUCUGUUCCAUUCCGUCACAGAACAAUAGAAUCACUGAUGAAGCAAUCCACUCAGUGAAAGAGAACAUGAUGGAUUUAUUUAAUGAAAUGGGAGGGACAGGAGGAAAAUAGAGCCCAUGUACUUCAUGACUCUCCCAUUUUUUUUUUGUAAUGAUACCUAUAGUAAGUGGGACCAGCUCUUACCUAUGCUUUUCUUUCACAAAUUUGUCCAGCUGGAGCGUGUCUGGAUAAUGUACAUUGCAAUGACUGAAACAAUUCUGCUUCUGUUUGUUGCAUGGCACUGCUUUUGUUGUAAGCAUAUGCUAGCCACAUAAGUCAUGAAUAAAGUAUAGUGUUAUUAUUCAAA